GUCCGUCUGGAAGCGUGGGCGGGGCUGCGCGGGCUUGCUGGACUCGGAGAAACGCAGCUCCGUGUAGUCCGCGGGCCUUUGGUCGCAAGGCGCGGGGACGCGAAGGCGGGAUCCGGAGCAAGUCUGCGGCAUCCGGGGCCCUGACGACAGGGCCAGACUUCAGGUCGGUUCCGGAGUGGGUGGAGUCGUGGGAGGAGCUUGCAGUCGUGGUCCUUCCGAACCCCUCGGCUUGUGCCCACACACGCAGGAAGUUGGGGCUUCUGCGGAGAGCAGGCCCCUGCCAUGGAACCAGGCAGCAUGGAGAACCUGUCCAUCCUGUACCAGAGCCGUGACUUCCUGGUGGUGAACAAGCACUGGGACGUGCGCAUCGAUAGCAAGACGUGGAGGGAGACGCUGACCCUCCAGAAGCAGCUGCGGCACCACUUUCCAGAGCUGGCUGACCCAGACACCUACUAUGGCUUCAGGUUCUGCCACCAACUGGACUUCUCCACCAGCGGAGCACUCUGUGUGGCCCUAAAUAAGGCAGCUGCAGGCAGUGCUUACAAGUGCUUCAAGGAGCGGCGUGUCACCAAGGCUUACCUGGCUCUGGUUCGGGGGCACAUCCAGGAGAGCCGGAUGACCAUCAGCUAUGCCAUCGGCAGGAACAACACAGAGGGUCGGGCCCACACCAUGUGCAUCGAGGGCACCCAGGGCUGUGAGAACCCAAAACCAAGCCUCACGGAGCUGGUGGUCCUAGAACACGGCCUGUAUGCAGGUGAUCCUGUCUCCAAAGUGCUGCUGCAGCCCCUCACAGGCCGGACACACCAGCUGCGUGUGCACUGCAGUGCCCUCAACCACCCCAUUGUGGGGGACCUGACCUAUGGGCAGGCCUCGGGUCAGGAGGAGCAACCAUUCCGCAUGAUGUUACAUGCCUUCUACCUGCGGAUCCCCACACAGGCUGAGUGUGUGGAAGCCCGCACUCCGGACCCCUUCGUGCCCACCCUCGACGCCUGCUGGAGCCCCCACACUCUGGUACAGCCACUGGACCAGCUUGUCCAGGUCCUGCGGGCUGCCCACGACCCUAAGCCCACAGAAGGGGACACUGGGCCCUGCAGCCCCUCCUCAUGCCUGCCAGGGCCGGGCCGGCCCCCACCACACCCUGCCACUCCUCCUGAGACAGAGGCACAGCGGGCCUCAUGCCUUCAGUGGUUGUCAGAGUGGACACUGGAGCCAGACAACUGAGAGUAUGGGCCUGGUGUUGGGGUGCAGGCUGGAACUUCCAAGUGGAUGGGGGCUGUGGGUCAGAACCCUAAUCCUAUCAUCCCAAGGCACAGGUGUCCCAGCCACUGAGGACUGAGACUCCACCCCAAAUGCAGCAGCCAAACCUGGAAAAGAACGGACAGGGCCAGCAGGGGGAGCCAGGCAACCAUGAUUAUGGAAGAUGAAGGGCUCUUGGUGGUGGUACCAGCCCCCAGGGGAAACCUAGGCCUGUCUGUCAUCCCAGAAUGCUUUUCUGGCUUCAAAGCUUCACCUCCAGGACCAGUUUUGUAGAUUGCGUGAGGGUCACCCUGGAAAAGGAACUCGGCCAGCGCUUUCCUGGGCAGGCUCCUCCUGGGCUCCUACUCCACCCUUAGAGCACCCUGCUCCUAAUUCUGCUCAGACCCCCUGUGAUAUCACCCCAGUUCCGCUGAGCCCUGCAAAUCCUCACUUGUCCCCUGCCUGGCCAGUCCUGCUUUGCGUCUUGGCUUCUGCCAAACUCUGUCCGUAGGCCUCCUGCCUCCACCCACUUCCGGCUCAUCACACAUGGGGGAGGGUCUGUCUGUCCCUUGUGACCUGACAUAAUGCUGUCUGGGGGGUCCUCCCACACAGCCACCCAUUAUUAGACUGCAGCCUGGGAGCCAGGGGAGCCCAGCCUCCACCUCUGUGCCCCAUGGCACGCCUGUAUCACUCCAGGCACGACUGGGCUCCAGGAGUUCAAAUAAAAGCUCAGUGACUAAC